AUGGCCAUUAAAUUAUCCAAGAGAUCAGAAGAAUUGGAUAGAGAAGUCAACGAGAAGUUCGUUGAAGCUCCUAAAAAGCUUACCAGUUAUUUACUUAUAACAUUAGUAUUAUCAGUAAUAAUUUUUAUCCAAAACUUAUACUUACUUAAUGAUUCAACCAAUCCACAAUUUCAAUUAGUUAUGAAAAAAGGUAAUAAUGACAGUGAAGAGAUAUUGAGUACCAUGAAAAAUUCCCUCUUAAUGGUAUCAUUCCUUGCCCACGAUUUUAAAGCUGUAUCUUUGGAUACUAUUGAAAACAUUGAUACUUUUGAUGCCGGUACCAAAUAUGAUUUGUACUAUAAUGGGUAUGGAAAGUAUGAAUUCAAUAGCUCUGAAAUAUCAUAUUUCAGAGAAACCAAUGGAUUAGAUAUUUUCGAAGAUUUAAUCAAUGACGUUGCAGUUCAAGUGUCAGGAAUAUCAAAGUCCAAUACCACAGCAUUAGUAAAUCCUUUAAUGAGAACUUUUACCCACACUGUCGGCAGUGUUAGUGAAAUGUAUGAUGAAUACAAAGCUACUGGUGAUAUACCCGAACAUUUUAAUGAAGAUACGUUGAAACUUGGUAGAAGUGCUAAUAACAUUGAAAAAUUUGCCAAAUUCAUGAAAAAUUACCCCCAAAUCUCCAUUAUAAUAUCAUUCAUUUCAACUUUAUCAUUAUUCGUAUUGGUAAAUGUCAUGUUAUUCAGAAAUGAUUCCAAAAGAUUGAUUUUGGCAGUUGUUUUUACUGAAUCAUUCCAAACUAUUUGUUUGUUCUGUUCAUGGGCAAGUCAAUAUAGAUAUUAUUAUAAGUUGAACAAAGUAUUAACAAGAUUCAAUUUAGCUAAAUUAACUAUUGCCAAUGGAUAUACAUUCUUACAAAUAAUGUUAAUUUUAUCAUUCACAAUCCAAGCUAUUUGGAUUUAUAAUUUCUGUACUAAGAAAAAUUAA